GUAAACGUCAUCACGUCGGCGCCGACGAGGAAGUCGACACGUGGGAAAGGCAGAGGGGAAUCCACGCAUCUGUAGCAAGGCCAGACCACCGGCCAAGUUUGCGGCGAAUCCUGGUGAACAUCUGCGCUAAUCGGCCAUGGCUGUCCGGACGUCAUUUGAAAAGAACAACGAAAUCGGCUGUUUCGCAAAACUUACCAACACCUACUGCCUUGUAGCGAUCGGUGGUUCUGAGAACUUCUACAGUGUCUUCGAAGGGGAGCUGUCAGAAACUAUCCCUGUUGUCCACGCCUCAAUAGCAGGAUGCCGUAUCAUUGGAAGGAUGUGUGUAGGGAAUCGCCACGGGCUACUGGUGCCCAACAACACCACAGACCAAGAGCUGCAGCACAUUCGAAAUUGCCUACCAGACAGCGUGAGGAUACAGAGAGUGGAGGAGAGGCUGUCGGCUCUGGGCAAUGUCAUUGCCUGCAAUGACUACGUGGCUUUAGUGCACCCUGACCUGGACAGGGAGACAGAAGAGAUCUUGGCAGACAGCCUGAAGGUGGAGGUGUUCCGGCAGACGAUAGCAGAGCAGGUGUUAGUGGGAAGUUACUGUACCUUCAGUAAUCAGGGAGGACUGGUGCACCCCAAGACCUCUAUAGAAGACCAAGAUGAGCUCUCCUCCCUUCUCCAGGUUCCCCUGGUGGCGGGAACAGUGAACCGAGGCAGUGAGGUAAUAGCUGCUGGGAUGGUGGUGAACGACUGGUGUGCCUUCUGCGGUCUGGACACGACAAGCACGGAGCUGUCGGUGAUCGAGAGCGUGUUCAGGCUGACCGAGGCCCAGCCCAGUGCCAUUGCCACCACCAUGCGAGACUCGCUCAUUGACAGCCUCACCUAAGGGUCCAGUGUCCAACCUGCUGGACGUGCACUGUUGGAUUUCCACAAUGUCAGGAGCUCAGUAAAUGUGUGCAUUCAGUUCUUCACACAUUUACUAUACCAAACAGUACCUGUUUAAUGAGCGUUUCACUUUUAUUGAUUAUUCCAGCAACAUCCAUGUGAGACAAAUAAUACUUGGUAUCACAGCAAUUUAUGUAAUGAAAUGUUGAGCUGGCAGUGUCCAUGAAGAAUAUGUCUGCUAUAAGUCCUGUAUAAAAAGUGACCAUCGAGUAACCAGUCACUUUUAAUAAUUUACAAUAUAAGUCCUCAAAACCACAGAGGAGAACUAACUUUCUUCAACGGAGGAAGCAGGAUUGAAAUGUAUUUCAUGUAUGGAAAAUAGUUUAUUUUACUGAUGUCUCUUUGAUUACUGAGUACUGUAUAAAUAAAGCCUUGCAUGGUUCUUGAUCAUCUUUCCCUUCUGUGUUAUUGGUGUCAUUUCCUUGCCAUUUUCCUAUAGGAAAAAAGUUUCAUGCCAAAUAUCUCUUGACUUUCUCAAUUUACAUGGGAGCAUCAAGUCUGAAAAAGACCUACGUAUAGCCCAUAGCAAUCCAGUUGUUUGAACAUCAUAAAUGCUUAAAGACU